CAUUUCAUUUCCCAGCUAUAAGCAGAAGCAUAUUCAAACGGCAGCGUUUUGCGCCGUCAUCAUCAACAAAGCUUUUUACUGAUACAAUAUUACAACCAGAUUGUGUGCACAUGUAACAGUGAUAGCAUAGCAAAAUCAACAAACAAUGUCGACGAUAUACGUAUUGGAGCCGCCGACGAAGGGCAAAGUAGUACUAAACACGACGCACGGUCCAAUAGACAUCGAGCUGUGGCCAAAAGAGGCGCCAAAAGCCGUACGUAAUUUCGUUCAGCUAUGCCUUGAAGGCUACUACGAUAACACCAUCUUCCACCGUAUUAUCAAAGGUUUUCUUGUUCAAACCGGUGAUCCCACCGGCACCGGCACCGGUGGUGAGAGUAUAUAUGGAAGUGUGUUUGCUGAUGAGUUCCAUUCGCGUCUACGGUUCAAUCAUAGAGGAAUUGUUGCGUGUGCAAAUGCUGGUACUCCACAUUCGAAUGGGAGCCAAUUCUUUAUGUCCUUAGAUAAGUGUGAUUGGCUCGAUAAGAAGAGUACUAUUUUCGGGAAGGUGACUGGAGAUUCAAUAUAUAAUCUUUUGGCUCUCGGAGACCUUGAAACUGAUAAGAAUGAUUGGCCAUUGGAUCCGCCACCAAAAAUCAAGUCAGUUGAGGUACUAUGGAAUCCUUUUGAAGAUAUUGUUCCCAGAGUCACUUCCAAGCCUCUGAGCCAAUAUGCGACAGAUAUUGCAAAUAAAGAUUCAAAGAAGAAAGCUGUGAAAAAAUUGAACUUGCUUUCAUUUGGAGAAGAAGCUGAAGAAGAGGAGAAGGAAUUAGCAAUUGUAAAACAAAAAAUUAAGAGUAGUCAUGAUGUGUUGGAUGAUCCUCGUCUCUUGAAGAACGAAGAUCAUUUAAGUACAGAAUUGGAUUCAUCUGAAGCUAAAGCAAAAAGGGAUCUGCAAUUGUCUGUGAGAGAAGCAUUAGGCUCAAAGAAGGAUGUUAUGCAGAAAAAUUCAAAUGCUGGAUUUUCUAUUAGUGACGAUGAUGACGAUGAUGAGGCCAACUUUGAUGCACGAAUGCGGCGAAAAAUAAUCAAUAAAAAAAUAGAGCAUGGAAAUACUUCAUCUAAGCAACAUAAAAAUGGAAGCAAACCUAAAGAUCGACAAAUUUCUGAACCAGGGUCCAUUGCAGAAAGUGGCGACGAUGACCAGCCAAGGGUGGACAAGUUGUCACUGAAGAAAAGGGGAAUAGGAUCUGAGGUCAGAGCUGAACGCAUGGCUAAUGCAGAUGUAGACUUGCAGUUAUUUAAUGACGCUGAGCGAGGAAGACUAUUGAAAAAACAGAAGAAGCGCAGACUUCAAGGACGUGAAGAUGAGGUUUUAGCAAAAAUUCAAAACUUUAAGAAGGUUAUUUCUACCAAGGUUACUACUACGAAGGCUGAUGCUCUGAGCAGUGAGUCUGGGGGUACUUACAAGGAGGAUUUAUCUGACUGGGCUUCUGUGCGCCUAACUUUUACACCUGAAACUGGAAAGGAUGGUAUGUCUCGCAAAGAUGACCCAAAUGACUAUGUAGUGCAUGACCCUCUUUUGGAAAAGGGGAAAGAGAAAUUCAACCGGAUGCUGGCCAAGCAAAAGAGGCGGGAACGGGAAUGGGCUGGCGGAUCUCUUACUUAGUCCCAUCUCCACUGCUUACAUAGAAUUCUCUCAUCAUCUCAUGCCUGUUGAUACAAAUAUUGGGCCAUCUGUCACUUUUGUCUUUGUUAUGUAGUUUGAGUGUUCAAAUUGUUGAGAAUUUACUUAAUGAUACAGACCAAACUUCCAAGAAACCGGGGAAGCUGAAGGUGCAAUUUUGACCGGCAAUACGAUCCAAUGCUUGGAGCCUAUUUGAUCCACAAGAGCACAUUUGUCAGCAAACAAAGUUACUCUGCAGAUGCGAAUUCCCGUCUCUUGGUAUUAUUCUCUCUUACGCUGCUCUUUUUCCUAAACUUAUACCUAUCUAAUUAAUUUGUUAGAAAUGUACUAUUCAUUGUAAAUACUUUAACUAAGUAUGCCAUUAUUAAUUCGGGUGUACAAGUCAACUUGCGUGCCUGAACAAUUGCAAUUUGAAAAUGAAUGUGGAUGGUUGCCAACCCAACUUCUUUUAA